AGGUGCAAAGGCCAAAGGAUGGACGACCUGCUGCAGGGACGCACUAGACUGCUGCUGACUGACUACAUAUUGUCCUGCGCUCGGGAACCGGGCACCCCGGAGCCACCGCCCACAUCUGUCGAGGCGGCCAUGCUGCGCUCUGUGACUAGGCAGAUCCAACAGAAGCAUAGGGGUUUUUUUUCCUCCUUCCGCGACUACCAGGGCAAUCGCCCUGAGCUGGUGAAACAGUUAGUAGGUAAGUUUUUCUCCAAUGACCAAGACCUCACCUGGGACCGCCUGGCGGCGCUCCUGGCCUUCGCGGGGACGGUUGUGACUCAAAGCCCUUGCAGGACUAUCAAGCAAAGGAGGGAUUUGAGGAGUCGUCUCCUAGUGGACCAAGAUUGCUAUCUCACAGUGAACUUGCUGUAUAAUCUGCUCAUGGGACGGUACCGCUCCUGGCUGGAGGCUCACGGUGGCUGGGAUGGCUUUUGCCGAUUCUUCAGGAACCCCUUACCACCUGACUUCUGGAGGAGACUGCUGAUUUGGGGUUUUCUGUCAUGCCUCUUUCCAACAGCCAUCUUUUAUAUCUGGAAACAUUUGUAAGUUUUAAAUUUUUAAAGUGAUCGUACCUGCCUAACUGUGAACUCUCUAAGGGACAAUACUGAGUAAUUGGAUAAGAACUGAGGAAGUCCUUCUGCCUAGAGACAUCUACCUGCAUGCUACAUGGAAUUCUGAGUUUGUGAUGGGGCCAACAUUUGAAAG